AUGUUCCGAGUACCUUACAUCAUAUUCACAGUGAUCUGUGUACAGACCAUCACAGCUAAUUCUAUGGAGGAUGUUAAGACACUGCUGGCAGAUCUGAUGGUGAACUAUUCCAGUGAAGUUCGGCCAGUAAAGGACCAGACAAAGCCAGUAUCCAUUGACGUUGGCAUGGCUCUUGUGUCUAUUAAUGAUUUUAAUGAAGUGACCGGAGUUAUUUCAGUGGUUAUUGUUUUGUUUCUUUCUUGGGCAGAUGAAAGUCUUGUGUGGGAUUCCAGUAGUUAUAACAAUACCACAUCUCUUACAUUUUCAGAGAAAAAAAUUUGGGUUCCAAAUAUAUUCUUGACUAACCCAGCAAACGACUUCAAACCUGUCAGCAACAAGCAUUUCAAAGUCACUGUUCAGGCCAAUGGUUCCGUUUACUGGACACCUGGAAGUAUUCUUCAGGCAACUUGUCAACCAGAUGUUUCAAAAUUCCCGUUUGACCUACAGGAAUGCACUAUUUCCAUCGCCCCACAUGGAUAUUAUGGAACACAGGUUUCACUCUUCACAAACGUUCCAACAAUCAAUUUGGAUUUUUACUCUCCUAACUCUGCCUGGGAUAUUAUAUCAACUAAAGCCUUUGUCACCACUGUAGGUGUCGACAUUGCUUCCUUCACCAUCGAAAUGUCCAGGAGACCGUUAAAUUUUAUGGUUAGUGUUGUCAUACCGAUAAUAAUGCUGGCGCUUAUCAACCCUUUUGUGUUUAUCCUUCCUUUCAAUUCUGGUGAACGAACAUCAUGCAGCAUCACAGUAUUACUGGCAUUCACGGUGUAUAUGACAGUGGUUAGUGAUAGGAUGCCAGCCUCCUCAGAACCAAUGUCCCAUCUAUCUUAUUAUCUACUCUCAAUGCUUGCUCUUAGUGUUUUCAUCGUAACUGUGAACAUAUUCCAGAUCAGAACCUACAGUAAAAAUGAAAAUGAGGUGCCAGUGCCCAAGUGGAUGAAAAACUUGAUCAUGAAUUUUUAUAAGAUUUGCAGAAAAGGUAAAGUUGAAACCAAAUCAAGAGAUCCAUAUGAAACCAAACGCAUUCCGGACAAAAUUGAAUCCAUCAAAAACCAUAUCAUCCGGUUAGAAUCAAUCGAUGAGUCAGAUCUUGCAGAAAAUAAAACACAUUCAAAAGAUGAAAACUGUAAUGAAACAUCUUUUUCACAACCAGAAAAUAUUACAUGGUACACUGUAGCUAAAUAUGCAGACAAGUUAUACUUUACAGCCUUUUUGGUUUUCACUGGUAUUGCAUCGCUGAGAUACUUUGUAGUAGUCGCAACUUAA